AUGACCACAAACCCAAAUGAUCCAAACUACAGAUAUACAUUUAUGCUGGAUAACCGUCAAUUAAUGGAGCUUAGAUCUACACAGAAAUAUAGUGAAAGAUUUGAACUUCUACAAAAGUCUGUAGCUCAAACAGUUUACAUUGGUUUUCGUCAACUGAAUCAGUAUGAGAUUAAUAUGUAUAAAAAUACAAGUCCUCCAAUAAUUCCUUAUCCAUACAGAGACCAAAUAAACAACACAGCUCUUUCACGUUGGUUUUUAACAUCUUGUGUAUCUGGUCAAGUGGAUUCUUCGAAAAAAUGGUCCACAAGCAAAUGCCGAGUUGGUCCUAAGACAACCGUUCAACAGACUCAAUGUAUAUGUGAUGAAUUUUCCACAUUCACAUCUGGAUGGUUUGAACUACCCAAUAGUAUCGAUUUCAAUUAUGUAUUUGCUAAUAUAGAUUUUAACAAAAAUCCUACACUGUAUGCUACAGAGAUUUCUCUUUGUAUCAUAUUUUUAUUAAUACUUAUCUGGGCACGCAGAGAAGAUGUUAAGGAUAUAGAAAAGCUUACUGUCACACAGUUGUCUGAGAAUAAUCCAGAUUGUGAGUAUUUCUAUGAAAUCAUUGUGAGUACUGGACAUCGUAGAUGUGGGGGCACUGAUUCUAAAGUCUGUUUUAUUCUUUCUGGACAAUAUGGUGACACAGGCUGUUACGUUCUGCAAGAUCCCAAUCGAAAAGUAUUGUGUCGUGGUGCCACGGAUCGAUUUUUACUUGCUUGCCCAAGACCGCUGGGGCCGUUAAUCUACAUACGUUUAUGGCACGAUAAUUCUGGUGUAGGUGAUAAAGCAUCUUGGUAUUGUAAUUAUGUUGGAGUGGUUGAUUUGCAAACUAGAGAGAAGUCACAUUUUAUUGUUGAAAAUUGGUUUGCAGUUGAAGAAGGUGAUGGUCAGGUGGAUCGUAUUAUUCCUGUAACAAGUCAAGAAGAAAUGUUAACAUUUAUGCACAUGUUCAGUACAACAGCAUCUCGAAAUAUGACUGACGAUCAUUUAUGGAUAUCAGUUGUAGCUCGUCCAAUUUUCAGUCGAUUUACAAGAGUGGAAAGAGUUGCCUGUUGUUUACUUUUACUUUAUCUAUCUAUGCUUGGUUCAUGCAUGUUUUACAAAGGUGAAGGAUCUGUCAAACAACCAAAUUUAAUUAGUCUUGGACCAUUUGGAUUCACUCCCAGCGAGUUUUAUAUAGCUAUUGUUAACAAUCUGCUUACAUUCAUUCCAUUGUUUCUAAUCAUUUAUAUAUUUCGUAAUUCACGUUUACGGGUUAGUCAUGCAACAAAAUUACGUCAUGCUAUUGAAGAACAUUUAGAUGAAAAAUUAUAUCUUGGAAAAGCUUCAUUUAUUUAUGGUACUCAGUCAGCAAUACAAGACACAAGUAAUGAGGAUGAUCCUGAGGCUUUGGAUGAAAAUGCUGACGAUACUGAAGGUAAAGAAAAAGGACGCACUUUGUUUUGUGGAUGGCAAAUGCGUAUUCUCGCUUGGUUACUUCUUAUCAUAUGUUUGGGCAUAGCUGUCGCUUUUACAACAUUCUAUGGUGUGAUGUUUGGUGAAGCUACAUGUAAAAAAUGGCUGUCAUCAUUGUUUCUAUCAUUCUUUAUAAGUGUACUUCUAGCUCAACCAAUAAAGGUACUACUGCUAGCCGUGUUCUUUUCAUUCAUUUGUAAAUCAACUGAUCGAGUAGAUCAAAUAGAAAUUUUUGAAGAAGAAGAUCGGAUAAUCCAAACAUUAGGAAAACGGUAUCAACUUCGAAUGGAUGAAGAAUACUUAAAGAAUAACUACUUACCUGAUGAUUUUCGUCCACAACGUUUGGCAAUCUUACCGCCGGAUCCAUCAGACUUGGCACGUGCUCGAGCUUAUCGACUAAAACAAAGAAGAGCUAAUGAUAUCAUUCGUGAAGUUAUACUUUACGUUUUCUUCCUCACACUUCUACUAAUUGUCAGCUUAGAUUUCCGUGAUUCUAAUGGAUUUCUCUUGAAAUCUAAUCUACAACAUUUGUUUUUUCCAGAUUCAUUUCAAAGUAUGAAUGAUGUGGAUAAUUUCUAUAAAUGGGCCCAAAAUGUUCUAAUUCCUGGCUUACGUGCGGAUCGAUGGUAUAAUCGUAAUCCACCUUUGUUCCAACGUGGUUUCCUGCAAGACAGAACAGAUCGAAUAAUUGGUUAUGGAAUGAUGAGACAACUACGAACUAAAAAAGAUUCAUGUAACGUACACGAACUCGCAAAACAUUUAUUCAAACAUUGCUACGGAAGUUAUGAUAUGUUUAACGAAGAUAAAGAAGCGUAUGGAAUAUCAUGGGCUAAGUUUGAAGGGGAUGAUAAGUCGAAUAAUUCUGCACCAGAAUUUGUUUAUCAAAAUUCAUCACAGUUAAAAGGUUAUCCAUAUCUGGGACAGAUUACAUGGUAUUCUGGAGGUGGAUAUGUUCAUUUACUAAGAGGUUCAAAGGAUGAAAUGUUAGACAGGAUGAGUUAUUUAAAUCAAACUCACUGGAUCGAAUUUUCUACACGUGCAAUAAUAGUACAGUUUACAGUGUAUAAUCCUAACAUCAAUCUGUUUGCCAUUAUAACUGCUCUAAUUGAAAUGCCUGGUAUCGGUGCAAUGAUACCAUCGUAUCGUAUCGAAACGGCUAAUUUGUUCGGAGUACUGGGCUCUAAGACUAAGCUUUCGCAAAUUACAUCUCAGGCACUAUUUGCAUUCAUACUAUUUUGUUAUUUAAUCAAAGAAAUACGCAAUAUGUUCAGACAACGAUUGAAAUAUUUCACAAAAUUUUGGAAUUUUGUUGAGUUAUUCAUUAUUUGUGGCUCUAUAGCUGCUAUCGCUGCAUAUAUUUACAUGAUAUUAAGUACAAAAUCAUCUAUUGAAGAAUUUUCACGUACACAUGGUAAUAUUUAUAUGAAUUUUCAACUAUUGGCAUAUUGGAAUGAAAAUCUUACGUAUUUAACCGCUAUAAUUUGUUUCUUUGCUAUGUUAAAACUUGUAUACUUAUUUCGUUUUAAUCAAAGAGUUGGUUUAUUAGGAUCUGUGUUAAAAUAUGCAGCAACAGAUUUAAAAUAUUUCUGUUUUAUAUUCUUGGUUGUCUUUUCUGCAUUUGUAUUAGUCUUCUACUUACUUUAUAAUGAUACACUAAGUGGUUUUAAGACAAUUUUAAAUGCUAUAGAAACAAGUAUGCAGAUUAUUCUGGGGAAAUUCGAUUUCACAAGUAUGUAUGAACGACAAAUGGUGUUGGGUCCAUUACUAUUUGCUGCUUUCUCUUUAUGUGUUGUAUUUGUAAUGGUCAGUAUGUUUAUAGCUAUACUUGAUGAGAGUUUCCAACGCGUCCUUAAAGAUUUAAGUCUUCAGUCAGAUGAUCAUGAAAUGACUCAGUUUAUUGCAAUUCAAUUUAUCCAAUGUAUUGGUUUAGAUAGAACAACAUGGGGUAAAAAUUUUAUCAAAAAUGUCAAUACACAACAACAAGAACCAAUUUAUGAUCCAGAAAGUGAAUCUUCAAAACAUGUUGCUCAAUUAAAAUCACUAAUGAAUGAAUUUUUAGAGCAUGUUCAACAAAACUUAAUUACUGAAGAAAAAAAAUCUAUAAAUUUGAAAUGAUUAAUUUCAUCAUUACUGUCAUGUCUAUUUGUAAUAAGAAAAUGGAUAAACCACGGUUAGCAUAGAGGAACUCUAUUCAAAAUAACACUUUUUCAAGAAUUCUGCUUCUUUAUUCAUCGAUUAUUUAUUCAAAUAAUAACAUCAGUCUAUAUAUUAUAGUUAUACUUUGCACUUCAAUAUUAACUAUUCAUUAUUUUUUCACACCUUCAUGUAAUACUAACUUCUUUUUAUCAUUGCAAACAGUAUGUUUAAAAACAAUAAUUAG